GGGGGGCGUGGCCGCGAGGGGAGCCGCCCGGCCUCUUCUCUGCAGCAGCGACGCCCCCCCCCCCCCCUCGCCAAAUCUAGCCUUCCUUCCUCCCCAGCUCCAUCGGCGGAAGCCGCGGCCGGCUGCAGCAGACUUGACCAUGGGCUGAACACUCAUGGGGGAGACUCCCCCUCCUCGUCCCUUGGGCAUGUCAGAAGCCAGAUUCCCCGCCACCGGCGCCCCCCGAUGCCCUCUGUCUCAUCUCUGCAAGUACUGCGGGGCGGAGUUCCCUCGCUCCUGGGACCUGCGCUACCACAUGCGCUCGCACCCCGAGGGGCGUGGCUUCGGCUGCAAGCUGUGCGGGAAGGCCUUCUUCCGCUCCUCAGCCCUGCUCCGCCACGAGAUCACCCACAGCGGAGAGAAGCCCUUCAAGUGCGGGGAGUGCGGCAAGGGCUUUGCCCAGGCGGUGCAGCUGGAGAACCACACCCGCUCCCACACCGGCGAGCGCCCCUUUGCCUGCGGCCAGUGCGGGAAGGCCUUCAUGUCCUCCUCCCACCUGGCCCAGCACCGGCGCAUCCACUGGGCCGAGCGCAAGCACUGCUGCCCGCUCUGCGGCAAGACCUUCCUGCGGCCCUGGGACGUCGUGCAGCACCAGCGCUUCCACACCGGCGAGCGCAACUUCCGCUGCGAGGACUGCGGGAAGAACUUCUUCCGCUCCUCGGACCUCCUGCGGCACCAGCGCAUCCACACCGGCGAACGGCCCUUCCGCUGCCAGCCGUGCGGCAAGACCUUCUCGCGCUCCUCCGUCCUGGCCAAGCACAUGCUGACCCACACGGGGGAGAAGCCCUACAAGUGCGAGACGUGCCAAAAGGCCUACAUCACCGCCUCCCAGCUCACCGAGCACCGGCGCGUCCACACGGGGGAGAAGCCCUACCUCUGCGCCGACUGCGGCAAGACCUUCACCUACUCCUUCCUCCUCCGACGCCACGUCAAAAUCCACACCGGGGAACGUCCCCACGCCUGCCCAGAGUGCCCCAAGGCCUUCAAGACAUCGGGCCAUCUGCAUAAGCACCGGCAGAUCCACGCCAGGGAGGGGGCAGGGGUGGGGAAAGGGUGGCAGAGACGCAGCGGGGAGGCCGGCUGUGGGGCGGAGUGGUGAGAGGCGCCCGGGCCGUGUUUGUGGGGAGAAGGGGCACAAUAAAGGGCUCCCCCUGCAGGGUUGUGAAGGAACUGCA